AUGUCGAAACAAAAGUCUGAAUGUGCAUAUUCUCCCGAAAUUGUUCGAUUAACAGCAAAAAAGGAACAUCUUUUUGCUAUUAUUCAAGACGCAUAUACACUUAGUAAAGAUAUUUCCGAUGAAACAAACAAAGAGCAGUUCUUGAUAAUGAUACAGUCGCUUGAAAAAACUAGGACUGAUUUUAUGCAAACGCUCGAUGAUUUAGCCAUAGCUCAAAUCUCUUUUGAUCCAAAAUCAAAACCGGAUUACUCCAGUAUGAAAUCUUUUGACCAACUUUAUUGUCAUAUUAAAGCUUGCGAAAAUAAAUACAACUGUAAGAUUUCCAGGUGCGAUCAAAAGUUUGAAUUGUUGAAUAAGAAAUUACCCCCGCUUAAUUUGAUAUCAUUUGAUGGUACCCCCACAAAAUGGUCACUCUUUUAUGAAAACUUUAAGAGUUUAAUUCACGAAAAUCCCCGCUUGACGGAUGCGGAGAAGGUUCAGUAUCUGGUAGGCAAACUAACAGGUAAAGCCCUAACAGUAUGUUCCGGUAUACCUCCCACGUCAGACAAUUAUUUGAUUAUUUGGAACGCGCUUUUGGAGAAAUACCAAGAUAUCAGAGUCCAAGCGUCAUUUUAUAUUGACCAAAUGAUUAAUUUUAAGACUGGCCAAUCGCUUGAUACAUUCUUGGAGCAAUUUUGCUCGGCCGAAUCUGCGUUACGCAGAUUAAAAAUCGAUAACUUGUCCGAUUAUAUUUUUACGCAUAUAGCACUCAAUAAACUUGACAAAGAGACACAAAGACAUCAUUCUUUGUUGCACAUGCAUGAUACUCAAAGUGCUAUCACACCGUCUAGUCACAAGGCGACGUCAGUGAGCUAUCCGUCUCACUCGCACGCACCGUAUUCAGCCCCUGUUGCCGAUACGCUCACACAGUCGAAUUCUAUGCAGCAAGUACACGCAGACUCGAAUACGCGCGCAAAUUUAAAUAAUGUUGCGCUGUCGGUUGUUACUUCGUCUCGUUGUAAUGAGCUAGAUUGUGGAUCUAUGAGCCACUUCAUCACAAAAUCUUGCUGUGAUCGAUUAAAUUUAAAAAUAACUCCCGCUUCCUCCUCGAUUAAAGGUAUCGGUCAGACCGAAAGUGUAUCAUACGGAGUCACUACUCUGAAAUUCCAUUCCCGUUUCGAUCCUAUGUGUUCGUAUGAUAUAGUUGCGCGUGUUAUUGACUCGAUCACCGACCACCUACCCAACUAUGAGUUAGAUAUUUCUAAAUUAACUCACUUUAGUGACUUACCAAUGGCUGACUAUAAUUACCACACGCCCGGCGAGGUGGAUUGUUUAAUUGGUAACGAGCUCUUCCCGUUUCUGUUAGGAAGUGACAAAGUGACUUCACCGCAUUCUUCCGUAGUUGCGUUAGAAACUACUCUUGGAUAUGUAGCCAUGGGUAAGGCUGCUGUUACGCGCAUCAAGCCCUGUCGCAAUGCUAAUAAUAAAACUUUCUUUUGUUUUACUGAACAAACCUCAACGCUAGAAUCAAUUACUCAACGCUUUUGGGAACUCGACAAUGUCCCUCAUAAAACUCAUAUGAGCCCUGACGAUCAGGCCUGUGAAGAAAUCUUCAAGUCAACUUAUUCUCGAGAUAGUACCGGUCGUUAUACUGUGCAUCUCCCGUUUAAACAUAAUCCUUCAGAAUUAGGAAAUUCUCAUUUUAUCGCUAAACGCCGUUUACUGAAUUUAGAGAAAAAACUUGAUAGUAAUCCUGAUUUACGUACAAAUUACAACGACACUUUGCAAAGUUAUAUUGAUAAAGGUUACUUAUCUAAGGUUGAAAAUGCAUCGUCGGAUGAUAGCUCUUAUUAUAUUCCGCACAGAGCUGUUUAUCGCCCCGACAAACUCACUUCGAAAACUCGUAUCGUUAUUGACGCCAGUAGUAAAACUACUAGUGGAAAGUCCCUUAAUGACCUUCUUUAUACAGGUCCAAAUUUACAGACAAGUAUAUUUGACCUUUUAUUAAAUUUACGCAUGUUCUCUGUGGCCCUAUCUGCAGACAUUGAAAAGAUGUAUUUUCAAUUGAAACUUACUCCCACUCAUCACGCUUUUCAACGUAUUUUAUAUCGAUUCGAUUCUAGAUCUGAUAUCGAUACAUUCGAGUUCAAUCGUGUAUCUUUCGGUAUAUCAAGUUCCCCUUACCUUGCCAUGAGAGUCAUUCGCCAGCUAGCUGCCGAUAGCCGCGAUCAAUUUCCUCUCGCCGCCACAGAAGCUGAAACUCACAUGUACAUGGAUGAUUUCAUCACAUCUAUGGAUGGCGUAGACGUCGCUCUAAAGGCCAAGUCCGAGUUGAUCCAAAUGUUUGCCUCUGGUGGUUUUAAUCUCACGAAGUGGAUUUCUAAUAGUCCCGACCUCUUGGACAAGUCGUCCGCAAUGCAAAGUGAAGACGUCAUACAAUUUGAUACUAACGCUUCAACUCCACAUAAGAUAGUAGGAAUGCAGUGGUUACCUACUACUGAUCAUUUUCAAUUCUCAACGAACGCUGAUAUGCAAGAGUGCACCAAGCGCUUCAUUCUCUCGAUUACUGCGCGCUUGUUCGACCCAUUAGGGCUACUAGGCCCGGUGGUCACAUACAUGAAACUGCUCGUUCAAGAAUGCUGGAUGGCUGGCCUUGAUUGGGACGAUCCAGUGCCUCCCGCGAUCUUAAAUAAAUGGACACAGUUUCAUAAUGAACUUGCUUGUCUAGAACAAAUAAAAAUUCCGCGACAUGUCGGAUUACGUUCUCCGCAUGUCAUUCUUCUAGGUUUCGCAGACGCAAGUGAAAGGUGCUAUGGCGCUAAUGUGUAUAUUCGCGUUAGUCAAGAUUCAUACUCACCCGGCUCUGUCCACUUGCUCGCUUCUAAGUCUCGCGUAGCUUCACUAUCUAAAAUGCCACUCGCACGACUAGAGCUGUGCGCCGCUCUUCUUCUCGCUAACCUUCUAGACGCCGUUAGACAUACUCUUUCCCAGAGAUGUCAUAUCAACGAAAUAUACUCGUUUUCAGAUUCAUCUGUGGCGCUUACGUGGAUUCAUUCUCCGCCGUAUAAAUUCCAUACAUUUGUGGCUAAUAGAAUUACUGAGAUUAACUCAAAACUUCCCGCUAAGCAUUGGUUUCAUGUAAAAGGCAUUGAAAAUCCCGCAGAUAUUAUAUCUCGCCCUGUAACGCCUAAAGCUCUAGUCAACAAUCAAUUUUGGUUUAAUGGUCCCAAUUGGCUAAGCCUUAGUUGUUCUGAUUGGCCAUUGAAACCUUUUACGAUUAAUCCUAAUGGUUGUUUAGGAAAUUUAGAGACUAAAACAAUAAGUUUAGUCGUUCAAAGUCCUGAAGAUAUUCAGACUUCUCAUCCAAUUGAAAUUAUGGCUGAAAGAAUUUCAAACUGGUUGAAAUUAUUACGCUCGGUUGUUUAUAUGUUACGUUUUAUACAAAAAUUAAAAUCUCAACAACCUAUUUCUGUACAAGAUUUAGAAUUUUCUGAACUUUAUAUAAUCCGCUUUGUUCAAAAUAAGCAUUUCUCUAAAGAAAUUACCGCUUUGCGAAAUGGGAAAUUAUCUGAUAGUUCUCUACUCAAGUUAAACCCUUUUAUCGACAAGGAAGGCCUUCUAAGAGUCGGUGGGAGAUUAUCAAACUCUGAACUCGAUUUCGGUCAAAAGCAUCCCAUUUUAUUACCUUCUAAAAAAUUUAAUAACUCAAUUGAUUAUUGA